GUUCAAUCUCAUCUGUGUGCUUCUCUCUGGAGCGCUUUUAACAGAUGACACCUUUGUGAGCAGCCCUGCCUUUGAUGGGGCACUUUUCUUUUGGAGCCGAUAUGGAUCUUUAUGGCUACCUCCGCCGACUGCUGGUCCAGUCUGGAGCCACCGACCAGGGGAACGAGGCUACGGCAGCCACUGGGUGUUGCAGCCCUUCCCUAUCUGAGCCUGCUGCUUCAGACACAGCAGUGCAAGAGACUUCAGUGUCAGCCAGAGAUGGCAACCCACCUGACACAGAGUCUUCUGGUCCAGGAGUCAAUAUGGGGCUUUUGGGCCGUGUCUACCGAAGACUUACUCACACUAUUGGAUGGACACCUUUCCAAACGGACAGGACAAAUCUGGACUCCAGCCAGCCAGGCCCCACUGACUCUUCUGUCCCAGACACAGAGGAGCAGAAGGUGGCCCAAAAACAAGACCUGGCACCACAAACCCUGGCUGCAGGAGCGGGCAGCCACUCCAGCACUUUCUGUGCUGAGCCUCAUGAUCCAGGCACCAAGCAAAAGGCCUAUUUGUCACCCAGCGGACAGCUCACCCCAAUCAGCAAGGAGGAGGAGGAGGAAGAAAGGCCAAGGAAGACCAGAGUGAGUGAGGAGAGAAUGGGCCUUGCUUGCGUGAGGGACAUGGAUGAGGCUACCCUGAGGAAGGACAUUGGCAUCCUCUUCCCAGCACUCCACUCCAUGGUGUGUCAUCUCCCCAGAGAGCACCUGGAGGAGCGGAGAGAGGCCCUGGACUCUCUGGUCCAUCUGGCUCGCUUGUUCCUGGUGGAGCUGCUUGUGUUCCUGUUCAGGAGGCUGAACAAGGAUGAGGAAGAGGAGACCUGUGCCAGUCUCCUCAUUUUGGACCAGAUAGUCCGAUCCAACAUUUCCGAAAUGACACAGCACACAGAGAAGCUGUUCAUAGCCCUGGGGCCAAUCCUGCAGAGCACAAGCAUACGGGUCAGAGAAGCCCUUGCUUAUUUGAUACGCACAAUGGGGAUGCAUGGGUUCUUGGAGAAACCCGAUUCAAGACCCUUAAUUGACUUCUUGGUGCGUCAGUGUACCCUGCCCCUCGACAGCACGGAGGCAGCAGACGGGAGGCACACCAUGGAGCUCGAGGUCCGCCAGCUCUGCUCCAGCACCCUGCAGUCCCUGGGUGAUUCCCCCAGAAUGGCCAAUGUUUUAUGGCCUGGGCUGCUCCUUCAGCUGAGCCCAGCAGCCCAUGGGCCAGCCCUGCCUCUCCUCCUGCAGACCUCGGUUGGGGUGGUAAAGAGGCUGCAGGAGGAAGGCAGGCUGCCCUUGGCCGAGAAGUGCGGCAAGGCGAACAGAGGGUGUCGGUCAAGCCCCAGGGCCACUCUACCCCAGGAGCUGCUGGCUCGGCUGCUGGUGCUCGGUGCGUCUUCAUGCAUGACGGUGCAGGUCAGAAGGGCAGCCAUGUUCCUCCUCUUCCAGCUGAUGAGCAUGUUCCAGGCCGGCUCGGGCCAAUACUGGAAUAACUACACAACGGAAAUGCUCCUCUACGUGGAAGAUCACAAGACCUGCUUCUGCCAGAGGGAGUGGGAGCAGCAGCUGCUGCAGUUCCUGGAAGACCUUCUCUUCCUCAUCUCGGACCAUACCUGGCUGGGCUGUUUCAUCACCAGUAUCAGGCGCCAGCUGGCCCACAGCGAUAAGCGGCCCAGUGACAAGAGCUUUCUCUACAAGUGCUGGGGCACCGGGCUGAUGUUAUCUCCAGCAGAGAGCAUCAAGCCCCAGCUAUGGCGCCUGCUGGAGCUGGUCAAUUUCCGAGAAGAAGAGGAAAGAGAGGGAUUCGCCCGAGCGCUUGGGCUGUGUGCCAGGCAACACCUCUAUGAGAUUUUUGCCAUCCUGGAGCACUGGGAAGAGGUCGUCAGCAGGGUGCAGCUCCAGCCUUCUGCUGCUGGCUCUCUGGAGGAGCCAGCUUCCAUCGAGCAGCUGAGAAGCCUCCUGCUCCUCACCUAUGGGCACGUGGUCCACUCAGGCCCCACAGACCUCAUCCUAGAGACCAUAGGAUACAAGAUCCUGUCUCCCAUGCAGAAACACUAUUUUCUGAGCCCACAUGACCCGCUGGUGAGAUCUGCGUUUGUGAGAAGCCUCGUGCUGGUGGGUGAAGCUGUCACCCAAGUGAGCAGGAUUCCCUUGGUGAGCCCGGACACAUACACCGUGCUGUCCCCCCUGCUGGAGAUCCUCAGAGGCAAGGACCGGGCCCGGCUGCAGAGCCCCGACCACAAGUGUGCCCUGCUGGCCAUCUCAUACAUAGGGAAAUUCCAGCCUCACCUGUCUGAGGAACAGGUGGCUGAGACCAUCAGCACUUGUGUCACCAGCUACAUGAGUCAGCGUCCAGCCCUGGUGAAGCUGAGAGGGACUGAGGUGGCAGAAAGCUCCGCUAUCCGGGCAGAGUCUCUCCAAGAACUGCUCUGGGAGGGCCUGGACCAUGUCCUGCAGACAUUCCUGGAACAGCACCUGACCCCCACCACUCUACUGCAGCUGUUUCUGCACUUGCAGCCAUGGAUCUGCUCCCCCCGGGCCCAGGAGAGGAGCCGAGCUGUGAAAGCCAGCGCCCGGCUCCUCAUGUUCUAUCAAUUCAAGGCCAUGACCGAGGACCUGAAACCCAUGGUGGAGCAGGGCUACAUGGCCGGGCUGCUGACAAGCCAGGCCUUCGAUGCUCAGAAGACCACCCGAUACUGGGCAUAUCAGGCUCUCUACUGGCUCUUCACGCCUUGCACAGCCGUCGUGUACAGCAAGACAGGGGCGUUGUUGACUGUGCUGAGCAAGACGCAGCAGGAUGCCAGCUGCAGAGAGAGCCCUGCCCAUGUUGCUAUGCUCAUCGCGGAACACCUGCAGUCCCGUGACCUCAUGCCCUUCAGCUUCACCCUGCUGGUGGGCCUGCUGGAGAAGGGGGAGUGUGCUGAGCAGCUGGCGGGCGUCAUGGAGGCGGUGCUGAGACAGCAAAAAUCAGAGCUACAGGGUCAAGUGCAGGAUCUCCAAGCCGCUCUUUCCUACACACUGAGCCCACCCCGGGGGGAGCGGCUGAGUGAUGGGACAAGAGACAUCCUCCACCUACUGGCCAGGCAGCACACCAAGACCGCAGUCAACAUCCUCCUGAAGAUGCCCUGGCCUUACAAACACCACAUCAAGGCCAUCUGGAGGUUCCUGGGUGCAGACCCCAUGCUGACCAGGGAGGUACUCCACAUCCUGCUGGACGACAGCCCGGAGAAGGGCUGGGCUAACCCUGGACAGACCCAGGACAGGAGCUGCCCCCAGCCAGCCCGGCUGCCCCCGGCGACCACAUACGGCCUGUGGGAGCUGAUCGGGGCCUUGGGGCAAGGGGACACCCUGGAGGGACACGAGGACGACCUGUUCGCCUCUUGCUUCCUUGCCAUCGCCAGCCCCCCGGCACAACACCUCUUAGGAGUCCAGCAGGACUGGCCCAGUGACACCAGUCCACGCAGCAUGGCCGUGCAGGCCCUGGCGCGGGUGCUGCGCCUCAGGGGCAGUCAGCCAGCUGUGGAACUAAUGGACCAGGAGCAAGGCUGGCAGCUGCUGGAAGAGGCCCAGCCCAAGGGGUUCACUCUCCUUAGCAGAGCCAUAGUGAGCCACCCAAACCUGGCCCUGAAGAGCAUCCCACAGCUUCUCCUUCCCAGCCUGCAGGCCAGCCAGGAGGGUGAACGCAUGGCCUGCACCGCCCUGUUCGCAGAGUUCCUCGGCAGCCCCCUGCUGAUGGAAAACGAGCCCAAGGCCAUGCGGAAGCAGGUGCUGAAGGCCAUGCUGCAGCAGACGCAGGACAGCAACAUCCACAUUCGUGGCAGAGCCCUGCAUGGCCUCAGGAACGCAGUGACCGCGUUCCCGGACAAGGUCAGGAAGAAGCAAGACCAGAUUCUGGCGAGCUUUGUCCACGGCGUAUGCCAAUCCUGCGACCCCUGCGCCAUUCUGGACGCGACGGAAGGGCUCUGCUGGAUGCUGCGGGACCCCAAGGCGCCUCUGAAGGCGCAUGUUGCCGUUCCGCUGGCCAUGCAGGCGAGAACAUUCUUUGAGGAUGAGAACAGCAGCCUGAGGCGGGCCUCCAUCGAGCUCUUUGGCCAGCUCAGUAAGUUUGUUUCCAAGAGGUCAUCCCGCUUCGGGGCUGAGGUGGAGAAGAGCAUGGGGACGCUGCUGAUCCACCUACAAGACGGGGACCCCCAGGUGGCCCAGGCGUGCAGGGUGGCAUUGCUGCACUGCGCAUCCUUCCUGAGCUACCAGCCCCUGCGCAACCUCGUGCGGAGCCAGCUGGCCGAGGGAGCGGCCCCCGCCAUCCCCACCUUCCUGAGCGAAGCCUGCAGGACCCUGCUCCAGGACUGCCCAGGGAGGCUGAGCAAGAAGGCUGCCCUGAGAGCAGCAGCUGCCCAACAGCUGAUCGAUUCUCUGCCACCCAACUGGGAAAAGUCUCCAUGUGUGUCAAAGACAGGAGAGCUUACGGUCCGAAACAUCUAAUUCCUGGAAGCUGAGAGGGAGAAGUUCUGGGUUAUACAGGCAGUCAGACGAGAUUCUAAGGCCAGAAGGGAUGGUUGUGCUCUAUGACCCUUGCUUGCUGACAUCCCCCAGUUCAGAGUCCGAAAGGGAAGAGUUCAAAGGGAGGCUCAAAGCACUGUUGAAAACCAGUCAGGCUCUCCAGUACCUUAGAGCACCUUCAGACAUUGCCACUAUUUGCAUCUCUCCGAUCCCCCACUCAUUAUGAAUGGACUUAACAGUCUGUAUUCAGUGCUCCUUAGCAUGUGGCUUGGGAUACCCAAUGACAGCUGGCUGAGCUUUUCUGGUAGUUCCACCUGUGUAUUUAUAUAAUCCAAUUACCUCAUGGUGCUUCCUCACCCAACGGCAAGAGACAGAAAGCAGAGAGGAAAAACUAUUAAACUGUUCCACAAAAUACCGAGCCAUAUAAAGUGCAAUGUUACCACUGAGGCUAAAAAAUAUUCAAGGUUCACAUCAGGGUGGCUGCGUGUUUAGUGGCCUAAACACCAUGACUGUGGAUGUGAUAGACCUCAACCUCGAAACACUGGAUGUAGGCAAAGGGAGUGCUGAAGACAGCUCUAAAUCAACAGAGAAUCAGGCUAAAGACAACUGUUAAUGUGUUAAGGAACCAAAAAGGAUUGAUUUGUUAUUUAACAGCCCUGCUGCUAACAAGAUGGAGGGAGAGAGUUGGGGUUUUUUUGGACAUUUUCACUGGCUGGUAAAUUGUAUUAUCCCAUUUCCCAGACUGACUCAAGGGCGGGGGGGGGGUGUCAACCCCUUCCCCCAGCAGCUUUAGUGGAACUGAAAUUUACAGGGCUGAUUACUUCCGUAUUUGUUCUGAUCUAUAGCAGCUGGGAUGACCUCCCAACUCCAGGGGAAGAAGUGACUAAUUAUUGUCUCUCAGCCAUCACAAAAUGUUGCAACUGCUAUAAAAUAAAGGGAGUUUCACACCUCUGAACAGGAACUGGGAAUUGCUUACAAAUUAGUGUCUGGAAUCCAGAGGCGAUACCCUAGCAGAUAAAUUAAAGGGUAAGUCAAACAUUGGUCAUUUGUGAGUGUCCUAAAUAGAGAUCAAAUUUUCUGAUCUACUAUCUCCUUCCACCACCUCUAAUUCUGUUUUUAUUAAAGGAGUGAUUUCCUCAGAUGCAUCUUCCUCCCUUCCCUCUGGAGAGUGUAUGUCAAAAUCUCAUUGUGUAUGAUCAAAAAGGAAGAAGAUUCUGUACACAAUGAUUAGCCCUGAUAUUUUAAUGGAAAUACUGCACUACAGACAAGUUUACAACAUUUGUAUAGAAAUCAUCACAUGGAUAGGUGGCCAAGGAUCACAUUACAGAAUACAAAAAGCAAUUUAAAGUAAAAAGAAAUCUUUGCUAUUGUACAGGCUGGGAUCAGAGCUUGGAGCUCAGAUGUCAGACAUCGGGAGGGAUGAAAGCUGUAGGUGAAAACCCUGCUGCAGGAGGAGAUCUUCCUCGCUGGUAAAGUCUAAAUUAUCCAGACUUCCACUUCCAGAUCAGCUUUAACAUACAUUGAAAAGAAACACCUGAGGAUUGGGUGAGGCGCAAGGGAGAGUGUGUAAAACCUUUGAAAUGGAAGAGGACACAAUAAAACCCCCUUCCUGUCUGAACACAGCAAAAGGAGGAGAAAUGGGACAGGUAACUUAUUGCUGGCCAACUCUGAAAACUCCCCCGCGGGCUCUUUACUCUCUUUUCCUCUCUCCAUAGGAGGCUCCCAUUCAUCACCAUGGCUGGAACUACUCUCUGUACAUUGGCUGCCAAUGACUAGUGACCCUUAGAGGCCAUGCAUUUUCACCACUCUGCUCUCCCAGGCUGCACAAAGGCUGGAGUGCUUGCCCUCCCCCAAUUUCUCCAUCUCUCUGCCAGGGAAGGUAAGAGAACUCAGUUCUGAGGGGAAACCAGCUGUCUUGAAAUCCCUGGAACAGAUUUCAGAAGUGGACUUUGAAAAGCAGCAAAUCUGCAUUCACAGCUCUCCAGCUGAGACAACGGAAGCUGUUCAGGCACAACUGGCAGCAUUGUUUUGUGCAAGGAAAAGAUGCCUCCUUUGAGGAGGAGAGACAGUGCAGUUGGGUCUGUCGUGGCUUACGAAGUCCAUGCCAACUUGUCUGAAAACCAAAAUCUUCCAAUGCUUAAAUAUAUGCCAGCACUAAACUUCUAUGCUUAAAAAAAUAUAUAUCCCAUUUGUGGAUUUCACUAGUGAAAUGCGUCACACAGCCUACCCGCCUUGCCUCUCACUCUCA